AUGGCCAAGGGCGACGGCACCAACGGCCAUGCCACGGACAAGCCGCCGAAGCGGUCGAGAUGGGCCACGCGCAAGCUGACCAUGAAGAGCAGCGGCCGCAAGAGGGUCUCCAUAAUAGACAGGAUACACAAGAGGACGGACUCGACCGAGAAGAAGAGGCAGUCGGGCGGGUCCACUUCACUGCGUCAGGAGGGCGAUGGCGAGGGCGAGGGCGGCGACAACGAUUCCUUCAACCAGAACCAGGACGGCGCUCAAGAUGACACCAACAGCACCGCGUCGAGCUCCGACAGCGAGGGCCGGACCUUGUUCUUCAACCUGCCCUUGCCCGACGAGUUCAAGGACGAAGAAGGCCAUCCGCGACAACAGUAUACGCGCAACAAGAUCCGAACGGCCAAAUAUACGCCUCUGUCCUUCGUACCCAAGAACUUGUGGUUCCAAUUCCACAAUGUUGCCAACAUUUUCUUCUUGUUCCUGGUUAUCCUAGUGAUUUUCCCCAUUUUUGGCGGUUCGAACCCGGGGUUGAACGCGGUGCCCCUGAUCUUUAUCAUCACAGUCACCUCCAUAAAGGACGCCAUAGAAGAUUACAGGAGAACAAUCCUUGAUAUCGAGCUGAAUAACGCACCUGUGCAUCGCCUGGUGGGUUGGAAUAAUGUCAACGUCGAAGAAGACAACGUUUCCACCUGGCGCAGGAUCAAGAAGGGCAGUUCCAAGUUUUUCGGUGCCAUCUGGCACGCUAUUGAGAGCCUGUGGAAGAAGAACCCGAAUAAGAGCGUCAUGGAGAGCAUCGCCGACCCGCGCCCUUCCAUCGAGACGCACGCGACGCAGCGAGAGUCGAUCAUCUCUCCACGGUCAGAUCGGGCAUCUUUCGUAUCCGCCCAGGAAGAGAUUCUGAUGACCCCUCUGGCAUCUCCCCUUCCCCACCAGGAGUCCCUGCAGGUCCCCGGAGGUGCUGGACAGCGACCGGAUACUCGCCUGUCCUACAGCGCGGACCAAGCUGAGACUCUCGAACGCGUUAAGGGAGAUCUGAUCAACCACAACGCGCCGACGAAUGGCGGAGGCCGUUUCCACAAGGACGCUUGGAAGAACGUUCAGGUCGGGGACUUUGUCCGUCUUUACAACGAUGACGAGCUGCCCGCCGAUAUCAUUGUUCUAUCGACUUCUGACAAUGACGGAGCAUGCUACGUCGAAACCAAGAACUUGGACGGUGAAACCAACCUGAAGGUGCGCCAGGCCCUGCGAUGUGGCCGAACUCUGAAGCACGCCAGAGACUGCGAGAGGGCCCAGUUCUCGAUCGAGAGCGAGGCACCUCAGCCGAAUCUCUACAAGUACAACGGUGCCAUUAACUGGACCCAAAACGUCGGCGGUGCCAACAGGGAGAUGUCCGAACCCAUCUCGAUUGACAACGUGCUCCUCCGUGGAUGCAACCUGCGCAACACUGACUGGGUCCUGGGCAUCGUGGUUUUCACCGGACACGACACCAAGAUUAUGAUGAACGCCGGAGUGACCCCCAGCAAGCGCCCGCGCAUUGCCAGGGAACUGAACUUCAACGUCAUCUGCAACUUUGGUAUCCUGUUGGUCAUGUGUCUUGUCUCGGCUAUUGUCAACGGAAUUGCAUGGGGCAAGACUGAUGCCUCUCAAUACUAUUUCGACUUUGGCUCGAUCGGCGGUACGGCCGGGUUGACUGGUUUCAUCACCUUCUGGGCCGCCGUCAUUGUCUUCCAGAACUUGGUCCCUAUCUCCCUCUAUAUUUCGCUGGAAAUUGUGCGGACGCUGCAAGCCAUUUUCAUCUAUAGCGAUGUAGAGAUGUACUACGAGCGAAUCGACCACCCUUGCGUUCCCAAGUCGUGGAACAUCUCGGAUGAUGUUGGCCAGAUUGAAUACAUCUUUUCUGACAAGACGGGUACCUUGACGCAGAACGUCAUGGAGUUCAAGAAGGCCACCAUCAACGGACAGCCAUACGGAGAAGCAUACACUGAAGCACAGGCUGGUAUGCAAAAACGUAUGGGCAUCGAUGUGGUUGCUGAGGGAGCAAAGGCCAGGAAAGAGAUCGCCGAAGGAAAGAUCCGCGCCAUUGAAGGUCUCCGCCGCAUGCAUGACAACCCGUUCUUGCAUGAGGAUGAUCUGACGUUCAUUGCACCUGACUUCGUUGAAGAUCUGGCAAACGAAGGCCAGUUUGGAGAGGAGCAGGCUAAAGCUAACGAGCAUUUCAUGCUUGCUCUCGCCCUCUGCCACACUGUUAUCUCCGAGUUCGUGCCAGGCGACCCCCCGAAGAUGAUCUUUAAGGCACAAUCACCCGAUGAAGCCGCCCUCGUCGCCACGGCCCGUGAUAUGGGCUUCACUGCGCUCGGUACUACAAACGAUGGCGUCAAAGUUAAUGUCAUGGGCAAGGAGGUCUAUUACCCUAUGCUCAACACGAUCGAGUUCAACUCGAGCCGUAAGAGGAUGAGCGCCAUCGUCAAAUUUCCUGACGGUACCAUCAGGCUUCUCUGCAAGGGUGCUGACAGCGUCAUCUACUCUCGGUUAAAACGAGGAGAGCAAAAAGAACUUCGCAAGACUACCGCCGAGCACCUCGAGAUGUUCGCUCGAGAGGGUCUUCGAACGCUCUGUAUUGCAGAGCGAAUCCUUUCCGAGUCAGAGUAUAUCGAGUGGCGCAAGGAACACGACAAGGCCGCGACGGCUCUUCAAGAUCGAGAAGAGAAGCUGGAGGAAGUGGCCGACAAGAUUGAGCGAGAGUUGACUCUGCUCGGAGGUACUGCCAUCGAGGACCGACUGCAAGACGGUGUUCCGGACACUAUCGCUCUCCUGGGUCAAGCUGGUAUCAAGCUCUGGGUCCUGACUGGUGACAAGGUAGAAACCGCGAUCAACAUCGGAUUCUCCUGUAACCUCCUGAACAACGACAUGGAGCUGAUCCACUUGAAAGUUGACGAAGAUGAGUCGGGUGCUACGCCAGACGAGGAGUUUUUGGCAACCGUCGAGAAGGAGUUGGACAAACAGUUGCACAUUUUCGGACUCAGCGGCAGCGAUGAAGAUCUGGCGGUGGCGAGGAAGAACCAUGAGGCACCGGCACCGACCCACGCCAUCAUCAUCGACGGAUUUACGCUCCAAUGGGUGCUCCACGAGGGCCUGAUGCAAAAGUUCCUGCUCCUCUGCAAACAAUGCAAGUCAGUUCUGUGCUGCCGAGUCAGCCCGGCCCAGAAAGCUGCCGUCGUGGCAAUGGUCAAGACUGGCCUUGAUGUCAUGACCCUUUCUAUCGGCGACGGUGCCAACGACGUGGCCAUGAUCCAAGAGGCCGACGUUGGCGUCGGUAUUGCCGGAGAAGAAGGUCGCCAGGCCGUCAUGUCCUCGGAUUACGCCAUAGGACAGUUCCGAUUCCUGCAACGCUUGGUACUCGUUCAUGGACGCUGGUCGUACAGACGUUUGGCCGAGACCAUUUCCAACUUCUUUUACAAGAACAUGAUCUGGACGUGGUCCAUCUUCUGGUACCAGUGCUUCUGCGACUUCGAUAUCACCUAUCUGAUGGAGUACACAUACAUUCUAAUGUUUAACCUCUUCUUUACCUCGGUCCCUGUCAUCCUGAUGGGCGUUCUCGAUCAAGACGUUUCGGAUGCAGUUUCCUUGGCCGUACCGGAGCUGUAUCGUCGCGGUAUCGAGCGUCUGGAGUGGACGCAGAAGAAGUUCUGGCUCUACAUGCUGGAUGGUAUUUACCAAAGUGUCAUGGUUUUCUUCAUUCCCUACCUCACGUAUAUCAAUGCGGGUUUCGUCACCGGAAAUGGACUCGACGUUGAGGACCGUAUCCGUCUCGGCUGUUACGUCGCACAUCCCGCCGUGCUCACGAUCAACUUGUACAUCCUCAUCAACACCUAUCGGUGGGAUUGGAUUAUGCUGCUUGUGGUCGUGCUCAGCGAUCUGUUCAUAUUCUUCUGGACUGGCCUCUACUCAUCGAUUGUCUCCUCAGGCGUCUUCUAUGGUGCCGCCAACCAGAUCUACUCCCAGGCGUCAUUCUGGGCCGUUUUCGUCGUCACCCCCGUCAUCUGCAUAGCCCCCCGUUACGCGAUCAAGGCUAUUCAGAAGGUGUAUUUCCCUUACGACGUCGAUAUCAUCCGCGAGCAAGUGACGUUGGGCGCAUUCAAGCAUCUCGAUGAGGUAGACACUGCAGAUGAAUCGGUCAAGACCGAUUCUUCUACAUCAACAUCGUCCGCAACGUCCAAGUCCAACGUCAAGCGCCACCAGCAGUACCCGAGUGUUGAUGAGGAUCGACGGCCUAUAUAUCCGCCGACGCUCCACUCAACCACAACACACAACGCCCGCAGCCAGAACGGCAGCGACGGCACAAAUUACACGAGACACGAGGCGUCGACGGAGAUCACGGUGCGGCCAUCCCUGGACCGCGUCCGGCCGUCGUAUGAUCGUAUGCGGGCAUCGAUGGACCGGAUGCGACCUAGCUACGAGCAAAGCAAUGACUUGACUUCGGCCGCGAUGUUGAAUCGCUACGAGUCGACGCGGUCGGGACCCCCACCCGCGGAACCUGCGGAAACCGAGGGAGGAGCAGGCCUAGUCAGCCGGAUCAGGAGACGGACGCGUGGCAAAUCGUUCAAGUCGCCAUUCGCAUUCCACCACAAGGACAAUCAUAUCCACGAGAAUGAAUAG